AUGCCUUCACUCCAAUCCCUCAUAGCCGCCUUCUUGGCGACAACUCUCUCCGUCCAUGUACACAUAGUCAAUGCCCUCUUCAUCAAUGGCUCUGUCAUCGCCCCGUGCGACUCGCCCAUAUACUGCCAUGGCGACAUCCUCCGCGAAGUCGAGCUGGCUCAUCCCUUUUCCGACUCCAAAACCUUUGUAGACAUGCCCGCAAAAAGACCCCUUUUAGAAAUCCAAGCCGCCUUCAACAAGCUCAAAAAACCCCUAACAAACGACUCCUCCCUCCAAACAUUCCUCUCAACCUACUUCGCCGACGCCGGCGGCGAACUCGUCGAAGUGCCCCGCGCCAGCCUCACCACCAACCCGACCUUCCUCUCCAAAAUCAACGACACCGUCAUCAGGCAGUUCGUCUCCAAAGUCAUCGCCAUCUGGCCCGACCUCACGCGCCGCUACUCCGGCAGCGCAGUGUCCAACUGCACUUCUUGCCCGAAUAGCUUCAUCCCUGUGAACCGCACGUUUGUCGUUGCGGGGGGACGCUUUCGGGAGCCGUAUUAUUGGGACUCGUAUUGGAUUAUUGAGGGGUUGUUGAGGACGGGAGGGGCGUUUGUGGGUAUUGCGAAGAAUACGAUUGAGAACUUUUGUGAUUUUGUUGAGAGGUUUGGGUUUGUGCCGAAUGGGGCGAGGUUGUAUUAUUUGAAUCGUUCGCAACCGCCGCUCUUGUCGCGGAUGGUUCAGAUUUACAUUCAACAUACGAAUGACACGAGCAUCUUAAAGAGAGCUCUGCCACUGCUGGUGAAGGAGCACGAGUUUUGGACGAAGAACAGGACGGUCAAUGUCGACAUCGGCAAUAAGACAUAUGUCCUGCAACAGUACGCCGUGGAAAACACGCAGCCGCGGCCAGAGUCCUUCCGCGAAGACUUCAUCACUGCCAACAACCGCUCCUAUUACGCUGCCUCGGGCAUCAUCUAUCCAGAAACGAAACAUCUAAACACUUCUCAGAUGGAAGAUUUAUAUGCAAAUCUAGCUUCCGGCGCAGAGAGCGGCAACGACUACACCUCGCGAUGGCUAGCCAACCCGGCCGACGCAAUGAGAGACGUCUACUUCCCACUUCGAUCUCUCAACAACAAGGAAAUCGUCCCCGUCGAUCUCAACUCCAUCCUCUACGGCAACGAGCUGGCCAUCUCUCGCUUCUAUAGCCAGACCGGUAACAGAACAGCCGCCCGCACUUGGAGCGCCCUCGCUGCAAAUCGCAGCGCUUCCAUCCAGGCUGUCUUCUGGAACGAGACUCUCUUCAGCUACUUUGACUACAACCUCACCUCUUCAUCUCAAAAUAUCUACGUGCCCCUAGACAAGGACGCUCUCGCCAUUGAUAGACGGACAGCUCCUUCCGGCAAGCAAGUCUUGUUCCACGUUGGCCAAUUCUACCCCCUCUGGACAGGCGCCGCCCCAGACUAUCUCAAGAACAAUCCAUUCGCAGUGAGCCGCAUCUUCGACCGUGUAUCAAGCUAUCUAGAUACUCGUCCCGGUGGUAUUCCCGCCAGCAACGUCAACACAGGUCAACAAUGGGACCAGCCCAACGUCUGGCCGCCACAUAUGCACAUCCUCAUGGAAAGCCUCAACAACGUCCCCGCAACAUUCACCGCCCGCGAUCCCGCGUAUCAAGACGUCAAGCAGCUCGCCUUGCGACUCGGCCAACGGUAUCUCGACUUUACCUUUUGCACGUGGCGUGCUACGGGCGGCUCCACGUCCGAGACGCCCAAGUUGCAAGGGCUGACGGAUCAGGACGUCGGCAUCAUGUUUGAAAAGUACGAUGAUAAUUCUACCAACGCUGCUGGAGGAGGAGGCGAGUAUGAGGUUGUCGAAGGCUUUGGAUGGACUAAUGGUGUCUUGUUGUGGGCUGCGGAUACGUUUGGGAACCGGCUCAGGAGACCGCAGUGCGGAAACAUCACGGCAGGCCAUCCGGCGCCUUCGUCGUCGUCUUCUAAGAGGAGUGCGGUGCAGCUAGACUUGUGGGAUGCGAGCAGGAUCAAGAAGUUUGGAAAGAGGGCUGAGGGGACGGUGAGGAGGUCGAAUGCUUUCUGAGUCAAGAGCUGUAUAUCUUCUGAUUAUAUCCCAUUCGAGUCUGUAGUUAUGUAAAAUAAGCAUAUUAGUACAAGCAGUAACAGGAGCAUUGUGU